AUGUUUCCGCUGAGUUGCAUGGGUAGCUUUAAACAAUGGUGGAGCUGCGAGGAUACUGCAGUGAACGAGAGAAAAGUCCUCUCCUGUGUUCCGUUUCUCCCACCGCUACCGACAAAUUCAAACGUUGUAGACGUCUUGGAAUCGGCAGCCAAUCUGGCUAGAGCAAUUAAAUUGCAUCAAACAAUAGAUUCCCAUCGGCAGCGGAGAUGGGAGUUGAGUCGAAUCAAGUUGAGUGGCGAAGAUCGCUCCAUCAACGAGCUCUAUAUAGAGCAGGUAGGCGAGGAAGUCCAAAAUACACUCGUUAUGCUACACGGCUAUGGCGCCGGGCUCGCAUUUUGGUAUAAAAACUAUGAGGCCUUAUCAAGGCCGCUUGGCUGGCGACUCUACUCGCUCGAUCUCUUAGGUAUGGGCCGCUCGUCACGGCCACCAUUUCAACUGCAAGCCAAGGACGAAGAUGGUAAGAUUGUAGAAGCAGAAAAUUGGUUUAUCGACGCCCUGGAAGAAUGGAGGAAGCAAAGAGGAAUUGAGCGCUUCACACUUAUGGCCCACUCACUGGGUGGGUAUAUGGCGGUAGCGUAUGCGCUCAAGUAUCCUGGCCAUCUCAAAAAAUUGAUUCUUGUGAGUCCGGCGGGCAUGUCGGAAGACCCAAACACCAUCAAUGAACGCAUUCAUGAGUCAGCGGAGAAAACUAGUACGAUGAAUGAUUCUACGCAGCACCGAGACGAAGAGACAUCUGCCAGCGUCAAAGAUGCCAGCAUUUUGCUCGAGACUGAUAUUUGUGAAGUAAAGGCUUCGCCAAACACCUCAGAAUGGCAUUAUCCAAAGUGGCUAGCCCCACUUUGGGAUGCCAAAAUCUCCCCUUUCACCGUUCUCCGUUGGACAGGUCCAUUUGGUCCGAAAAUUGUGAGCGGUUGGACCAGCAGACGCUUCUCCCAUCUCCCCACCGAGGAGGCUCGAGCCUUGCACGACUAUAGCUACAGCCUAUUCAUACAGCCUAGUAGCGGCGAGCACGCACUCGCCUGCAUCCUCACACCAAGAAUGUUUGCUCGCCGCCCACUUAUCAGACGCAUUCAAGAUGUUGGCAGACAAUAUUUCCAAAGACAGACUACUGGUUCAGGUACUUUAGAGUCUUCCCACUGUGCGUCUCUAUCGACAAAGAUGGAGAGAGAAAACGGCUAUCCUAUUGUUUUCUUCUACGGCGAGGAUGACUGGAUGGACAAGGAGGGGGGUUUUGCAGCGCAGCAGAAAGUAUUAGGUCUGAAAAGGCAAAUGCUAAAGUUUGCGACUCCCGAAGAGAAGCAUGCGGAUGAAGGUGACGCAAAGGUCAUUAUUGUCCCAAAAGCUGGGCAUAUCGUCUACCUCGAUGGUUGGGAGUAUUUCAAUAGGAAGGUCACUGAGGAGAUGGAGGGUGUAAGCCAGAGGGAAAAGGAGAGGCCAUAG